CUAGGGUUCCGGCCCUUCCGGACAGCCACGGACUGCACUCGGAAGAGGAGGGGCCAUUGGGAUUUAAGGCCUUCACCCUAUCGCUGUGCCCUCUGUCGGCGGCGUGGGGCAGCUGUAGCAGCGGUGGCGGCAGGAGGCGGCAGCUGCGCGGACGUCGUCCAAGACUGGAGCGACGUUUAAAGGAGUAGGAUCGCCGGGGAGUCCGGCUUCUUCUUGUUGGAGGCCUCCCACACUUCCGUGGCCGGAGGAGGAGAAGCGGCGGCGCCGGCGCCGGGAAGCAGGAUGGAGAGUAGAAAACUGAUUUCUGCUACAGACAUCCAAUAUUCCGGCAGUCUUCUCAACACCUUGAAUGAGCAACGUGGCCAUGGCCUCUUCUGUGAUGUUACUGUUAUUGUGGAAGACCGAAAAUUCCAUGCCCACAGGAAUAUUCUUUCAGCUUCCAGUACAUACUUCCAUCAGCUUUUCUCCGUUGCUGGGCAAGUUGUUGAACUGAGUUUUAUAAGAGCAGAGAUCUUUGCCGAAAUUCUUAAUUAUAUCUAUAGCUCUAAAAUUGUGCGUGUUAGAGCAGAUUUGCUUGAUGAGUUAAUUAAGUCAGGCCAGUUAUUAGGAGUAAAAUUUAUAGCGGAGCUUGGUGUCCCAUUGUCACAGGUUAAAAGCAUCUCAGGUACAGCUCAAGAUGGCAGUGCUGAAGCCAUACCUCCUGGUUCUAAUGAUAAGAACCUUGUAAUACAAAAAUCAAAAGAGGAGGCCCAAGAUAAUGGGGCUACCAUAAUGCCUAUUAUAACAGAGUCUUUUUCAUUAUCUGCUGAAGAUUAUGAAAUGAAAAAGAUAAUUGUUACUGAUUCUGAUGAUGAUGAUGUCAUUUUCUGCUCUGAGGUUUUGCCUGCAAAGGAGACCUUGUCAAAUAACAAUGCCGUGACACAGGUCCAGCCUAACCCAGGCCCUGUUGCUGUUUCAAAUGCUGUACCUUGCACUAACAAUAACUCUACCCCUUUAACAAAUACAACACCUACUCAGAAAUUUCCUACUCCUGUAAAUCAGGCAACUUUGAGCCAAACACAGGGAAGUGAAAAAUUGCUGGUGUCUUCAGCUCCAACACAUCUGACUCCCAAUAUUAUUGUGUUAAAUCAGACACCACUUACUACACCACCAAAUGUCAGUUCUUCACUUCCAAAUCAUACGUCCUCUUCAGUCAAUUUACUUGUGCAGAAUCAGCAGACCCCAAACAGUGCCGCUUUAACAGGAAAGAAGGCCAGUGAAGAGGAGGAGGAGGAAAUAAUAGAUGAUGAUGAUGACACUAUUAGCUCCAGUCCAGACUCAGCAGUCAGUAAUACAUCUUUGGUCCCACAGGCUGAUACCUCCCAAAAUACCACUUUUGAUGGAUCGUUGGUACAGAAGAUGCAGGUUCCUACACUUCUGCAAGAACCACUUUCCAAUUCCUUAAAUAUUUCAGAUAUAAUUACUAGAUUCACUAAUGACCGAGGCUUAGGAUCAAAACAUCUAAUGGAGGGUCAGAAGAUCAUUACUUUAGACACAGCUACUGAAAUUGAAGGCUUAUCGAAUGGUUGCAAGAUUUAUGCAAAUAUCGGUGAAGAUACUUAUGACAUAGUGAUCCCUGUCAAAGAUGACCCAGAUGAAGGAGAGUCCAAACCUGAGAAUGAGACACCAAAAACAUCUGGCAAUGAAACAGCAAACAAACGUAUGAAAGUAAAACAUGAUGAUCACUAUGAGUUAAUAGUAGAUGGAAGGGUCUAUUAUAUCUGUAUUGUUUGUAAAAGGUCAUAUGUCUGUCUGACAAGCUUGCGGAGACAUUUUAACAUUCAUUCCUGGGAGAAGAAAUAUCCGUGCCGUUACUGUGAGAAGGUGUUUCCUCUUGCAGAAUAUCGCACGAAGCAUGAAAUUCAUCACACGGGAGAGCGAAGGUAUCAAUGUUUGGCGUGUGGCAAAUCUUUCAUCAACUAUCAGUUUAUGUCUUCACACAUAAAGUCAGUUCAUAGUCAAGAUCCUUCUGGGGACUCGAAGCUUUAUCGUUUGCAUCCAUGCAAGUCUUUACAGAUCAGACAAUAUUCCUACCUUUCUGAUAGGUCAAGUACUGUGCCUGUAAUGAAGGAUGAUGGUAUUGGGUAUAAAGUUGAUGCUGGAAAAGAACCUCCUGUGGAAACCACAUCUAAUACUCAGAACAAGCCAAUGACCUGGGAAGAUAUUUUCAUUCAGCAGGAAAAUGAUUCAAUUUUUAAACAGAAUGUAACAGAUGGCAGUACUGAGUUUGAAUUUAUAAUACCAGAAUCUUACUGAACUACUUUGAAAUAUCAGAAAGUUUUGAUUUGGAUACAGGGGCAGGGAUUUCCAAAGACCUGUGAAACAAAUUAUGGCUAAAACAAGUUAAUUUGAUCUGCCAUUUCAUCUGAAGGUAGUCUAGUUUGAUUAUUUGUUGAUAAUUUUAGAAGCAAAUUUUUCUGAAAGUUUGAGUAGAAAUUGAGAAGUCCCCUUCCUCCAGUAUCUGUUUAUAUAUUUAGCAUUCAGCUCAUUUAAAAGAGACAAAAAUUUUAAAGUGUGGAGAGAUAGUUUCCUGAGUAGAAUUUGAAGUGGUCUGAAUGUUCUUUAAAAAUAACUGGAGUUACUAGCAUACCUAGUACAUCUUAUAACUUUCCCCUUCCAUGUUAGCACUUUACUGCUGAAAUAAUUUUCUCAACAUUGAAACUAUAAAUGGGUGUUGUGUCUUGUAUCUGUCAUAACAAGUAAAGAACUUCUAAAAUUGUUCUGGAAGAUUUCAGAAUAAGUCUCCAUUUGGUUGUUUAUUCUGCUAGUUCAGUGGAUAACAACCUCCUGCCACCCUCCUCCCAUAAAAAUGGCCAGAGUCUUGUCAUCUGAAGAAUAAAUUAGUUUUAGCAGAUUAGAUUAGAUUAAUCCUUUUAUUGCCAGUCUGUAAAAGACUUUGGUGGCUAGACCACUAUAUACCUCUGCAAUGUGAUCUCUGCAAAGCACAAAAUGGAAAAAGACACUUCUGUAAUACAGACAGGAGAAAUUGAAAAGUUCUGUUGUCAUACUUAUAUUUAAUUCUGUGCUCUUACAUGAUAAAGACAAAAUGAAACUGCAGAUUACCUUUUUGCUCAUAAUGGUUAAAAAUAUUCUUGUGACAUUUUUCAAAUUUUGGAUCUGAAAGCCACCAAAUCUUUUAAUUAUGUAUAAGUUUUAUAAACAAUGGAUUCUACAGAUGAGAUGCUUAUUUUGGGCAGGAGGUUACUGGCAUAUAUUUUAAAUGUUCGUAUUACUUAGAAUCUCCAGGAAGUUAUCAAUUUGACAUAGUUGAAGCAGUAAUAUAGUAUUUUUCUUUCCACAAGAUCGUUUAGGUUUUUACCCCUACUAAAGUAAGUUCCAUUCCAUUUGCAAAUUUCUACAAUAUUAUAGCAAUCAGAAACUACAUAUGGAAUGUUAUAUAGGCUUGUCAAUUCUCAUUUAUCUUGACAAUAAAUACCACCUUUCUUCCUUGUAAAAUGACCCAUAUUUAAACAUUUAGAAAAUAAAGCUAAAACUUAUUGAAGAGCUAGUACUAAAACGAAGCAGGUUGGAACAAAUACUUAGCCUAGAAUUUAUAACAGAGUUAACUUGUUGAAAUUCUGUAAAUGAAUGUUUUACAAGGGAAAAAAUUAAUAGAAAAAAAUUGUUGUGUAUAGUUAUUAGUUAUUUGUAACCUUAAAUAUUUCUUAUUUCAGCAUAGAUAUUUUCUUCUUACUAUGUGUUUUAAAAAAUAGUCUAUCUUGACUUUGAACUUAAAGCUUUAAUAAUAAUUUUUCAUGUAUACAUCAUUCUGAUGGUAAGCUAGAUUGAAAGAUAAUAGUUUCAGAGUUUUUUUACUUUGAUAGCUGAGGAGAUCAGGCAUUGGUAUUUGCAAUAGUACAAGAAAAAAGAUAAAUAAUCUUUUGCUUACCAAGGGGUAGAGUAAUGCUCAUAUACCUGUUUUCUGUUCUGUGAGUCCAGGUCUUCAAAACAUUUUGUAAAACUAAUAACCCUUGGAAAACUUGGAAAUUACCUUAUAACUUAAAGAAUCUGUGGUCUUUGAAGUCACAGUAUAUAUUUCCUUUGUGUAUAGAUAACUGGUAAUAGUACACUUUGACAACAGGGUGCACUCUGAAAUGUUCUCAGUGGAAAUAUGUUUCAUUAAUGCUGUUUCACCAGUUAGACAUAAUUACUUCUGCCAGUGUGAACGAUAAUGAUGCCAGCAGAAUUUCCAGACCUCUCAGAUUCCACUGCUAGGAAAUUAAAUUUGUCCUAAUAAUAGUUGACGGUUUCUACAAGCCUAUUAUGACAAACCAGGAAUCAAUUCUGUAAUGGAAAAGUAUUCUGAAUAAUAUUUAUAAGGUUAUUUGCUGCAGCUGUACUCUGUGUAAAUUUUGAAUAUGAAAGUUAAACUCUGCCCACUAAAGGUAUUUUCUGGAGUUUUUUGGGAGGAGGAAAACUGGAAAAUUAAAUUGUAAUUUUGCUAGAAGACUCUUAAUUGCAUGUAUCUCAGGGUCUUCAGUUUUUCUAGAACUUAUCCAAAGUUCAGAGUUUAUGUGGAAUACUCCUUUGGGGUGAACUUCAGUAUUUAUUGUAAUUGAACUUGUAGCAAGAUGCUGUUUAAAAUUUGCCAUGGGGUUUUUCUAUUUUAUACUCAGCUUUCUGGCUAUUUGAGCUUUUCUUUCAAAUUUGCAUCAAUGCUGAAUUUCUGGUAAAUAUUCAGGAUAGGAAGUUUGUUAUAUAAAUAACAAAAUGAAAAUUCUCCAGAGUUAAAGACAGAGAGAGAAAGAGAUCUUCUGUCUUCUGGUUCACUUCUGCUCCCCAGAUGGCCAAAACCACCAGGGCUGAGCCAGGUAGAAGCCAGCAACCAGGAGUCAGGAGCUUCAUCUGUGUCUCCCACAUGGGUGCAGGGGCCUAACCAGUUGGGCCAUCUUUUGCUGCUUUUCCCAGGCCAUUUAGCAGGGAGCUGAAUCAGAAGUGAAGCAGCCAGGGCACAAACCAGUGUCUAUAUGGGAUGCUAGUAUCACAGGUGGUGGCUUUACCUGCUACGCCAUAAUGCUCCCCCCCUCUUUUGUUCUUUUUUUUCCUUUUUCUUUCUUCCUUGUUUUUCUAUUUUUUAAAGACUAAAAUAUAUUUUAAGCAGUUAUCAUUUUGGUGUUGACAUCCCCCAUGUACAGCCCCUAUGAGGAAAUGUCAUAUUUUUUCCUGUGGUACCAAAAAAUUUUAAAAAGGUAAACAUUGAGCAAGGUAUUGCCAAAGCAUACAUAUUCUAAAGAAUUAAAUGCUAACUGAACACCACUGGCUUCCCCUCCUCUGUAAAUCAUAUUAAAUCUUGUUCAUUUCCCCCAAUACUGUUCAUACUUGUACAAUCUUCCUGUCAUGACUUUAAGUUCUACUUUUCAUGAACCAUUACCUGAUACUAGUUUAUAGAGUUUCUUAUGGCAAAAAUAAAAAUGUUUUCAUUCUAA